AUGUCCUCCAUCCCAGUGAGGAGGAGGACGAGGUUGGUACGAUCCACCAAGGACAACGAGAACGCCAAUGCGCGCACAUCGCGUGUGACAGCACGCGCGAAGGCGGCACUUGGGGGAGCGGCUCCAGCCACAGCCGCAUCCUCCCGUGCCACAGCCUCCACAGCCGCUUCAAAAGCUAAAAGCAUAAACGUGGAUGUUGCUACGAAGGAACCGAUUGGAGCGAAGAGGAAGAGAGAGGUGUUGGUGGAGGUCACUGGUUUGGCCAACAACAACAAGCCGAAGAGCGGAGCAAGAGGGUUGAAGGGAAAGGACGGAGAGAAGGAAGUGUUGAAGGACAAGGACGUGGUGGUGAGGCCGAAGGCAGGGAGCGUGAAGCCUCCCUCGAGGAGCGGUCGAGUGGCUUCUGGAAUUUCUGCGAGACGAUUGGUUCGUGCGACGAGCGAGAGCACAACUGCGUCGAGGGAAACAGAGACGACUGUGGACAACAAGCCUUCCCUCGAACAUGUCGAAGAGGAGCCGAUGCAAAUUGACGAGCUACACCUGGAGAAGGAAGUCAAGACUCCGAGAGAGGACGAUGAAGAAGAAACCGCUCGUGUCUUCAAGAGGCGCCAUACCGAUGAGAAACGCGUCGCCCACGUACAAAUCCAGGAUGACUCCCAGGUCGAGGCCGACACGGUUGCCGCUGCUCUUGAGGCUGCUGAGCCCUCUGUCCAGGUGUGGGAUGACCUUGACGCUGACGAUUGGGAUGACCCGGUCAUGGUCAGUGAAUACGUCGCGGACGUUUGCGUGUACUUGAAGCAGAUCGAGGUUGAAACCCUGCCGGACGCGAACUACAUGGACAAGCAACAGGAAAUUACCUGGGAUCACCGCGGCGUACUCAUUGACUGGUUGCUCCAGGUGCACGCGCGGUUCAACCUCAACCAAGAAUCGCUGUUCCUCACCGUCAACGUUCUCGAUCGCUUCCUGGGCGCGCGUCCCAUCUCACUCUCCAAACUCCAACUUGUCGGCCUCGCGUCCUUCUUCAUCGCGACCAAAUUCGAAGAGACGUACGCGCCAUCCAUCAAGGAGGUCGCGUUCCUCUCGGACGAGCAGUAUACGGCCGAGGAUAUCCUCAAGGCAGAGAGGUAUAUCUUGAAGAUCCUGGAGUGGGAUCUCCGUGCACCCGGCCCGUUGAUAUGGUUGAGACGCGCGAGCAAGGCGGACGAGUGUGAGGUGCAUGCACGGACUAUUGGCAAGUACUUGAUUGAGAUCAGCCUUGUGGAACGGCGCUUGGUGGGCAAGGUGCCCUCGUUGAUAUCUGCUGCAGCAAUCUGGCUUGGUCGCUUGACUUUGGGACGGGAUGAAUGGAACACAAACCUCGAGCAUUAUACGACCUACUCGGAGAAGGAGCUCCUUCCUGUGGCCAAAAUCUUCCUCGAGUACAUCCUGACUAACCCGGCACCGCACGAAUCACUGUACAAGAAGUACACUCACAAGCGGUACUUCAGAUGCAGCGCAUUCAUGCGUCAAUGGGCAGCUGAGCGCUGGCACGAAAACGCAGACAUCAACAUCGUGAGGGACCUCCCGCAGCUCAAGGAAGAGAUCCGCGAAACCCGCGAGCUGCAAGAGGCGGAGGAGAGGACGCUGGCUCGCGCUCAGGCUGCUCAAGCCGCUAAGGCAUAG